AUGGCCGCCGUCCGCGAGGCGGCCGCCUCCAGCGUGGGUCGAGGCCAAUGGGCGGCACCGGCGCGAUUGCUGCUCGCCAACCUGGCGAUCGUGCUGGCGAGCCGCCGUCUGAGGAGCGUCCCCUGGACGGCGCUCAGCGUGCUUCUGUCCUACUACGAGUGCUGGUGGGUGUGCGCGCGCGCACCGCUGCUCCUCGCGCUCGUGUUCGUGGCGCUGGCGAUGCGCGUGGUCGAGGUGGGUGUCGACCUGCGACGGCCGGCCGUCACGCUGUGUCCCAGCAGGCUGGGCGCCACUCGUCGCUCCGAGCUCCGCUCGGUGUGGUGGUUAGUCCGCUUGCUGACGAGCCCCAGGGAGGACGCGGAUCAGCCUGGUGACGGGGUCCCGGCGGGCUCCAGCGCGGCGGACGAGCGAGCCGCGGCCCACACCCGCCCCGUCUGGUCCGUCUGUCUGCUGCUGGCGGCGGUGCCGGCGCUGCUGCUGCUCCACACGGCCUGCGAGUGCUUGUUCCCGUGGGACGGCCUGGUGUUUCACUCGCGGUCCAGCACGAUGCAGGCGGUGCACCUGAUGGCCAUGUGGACGGGCUUCAAAGCUCUCUGGCUCUGCCCACUCAUUGUCACCUUGGUGGCAGCCGAAGUGAUCUUAAGGGACGGCGCGCCCCACGUGGCCUGGCGGAAGGUUGCGCUGGCCGGCAGCGUCACCUCCUCGGCCGCCGCCAUCAUGGAGGAGCUGCGAUUCGUGCCGCUGCUGCUGCCGACGCUCGGCGUGCUGACCUCUGCGCUGAACGCGGUCGCGAGCGAUCUCACCUCCCCGAAGGUCCGAGGCCCCGCUGUGAGGGUGGCAGGAACCGCGGCUACGACAUGA